AUGGGGUGGUGGCUCCUCCCCGUUCUGGCCCUUGCUGCUUUCCAGCCCUCCCAUCCCGAGGAAACCACCUGCGACGGAGUCUGCGGAAGGCGUCCCAUGGCGGGCAGCCAUAACCCCCUCCGUGUUGUGGGCGGCAGCAACGUUCUCCCCGGAAUGUGGCCCUGGAUGGUCAGCUUCCAAAUAAGUACUUUUAGGGGAUUCUUCAGUUUCUGUGGCGGUUCCCUGAUCAGCCCUCGAUGGGUCCUCAGUGCAGCCCACUGUUUUCAGAAAGCAAAGGAAAUACCACACAUCAGCCUGUUGAUGGGCGCCAACCGCAUCUCCAACCCCGGCCCCGAUGCCCAGAGGCGCAGGAUCAAAAGGCUAGUGAACCACGAGCGCUUCGAGCACUUUUUGAACGAUACCUACAGGAAAGUGCACAACGACAUUUCCUUGGUGGAGCUGAACGAGCCAGUCAACUGCACAGACUAUAUCCAGCCAGCCUGCUUGCCGGACAACAGCGUGGCAGUUUCCUUGCUCACGCACUGCUACGUCAGCGGUUUCGGAAUCAUAGACCCGAAAACGAGAAAAUUUCCCGACUUAAUGCAGGAGGGUACUGUUGACCUCAUCCCCAAGGAAACUUGCAGUAGCCCGGACUGGUGGUCCUAUCAGAUCCUUGAGGAGAACAUCUGUGCUGGAAGCAUGGAAGCAGGCAUAGCUACUUGCAAGGGUGACAGAGGCGGCCCCCUCAUGUGCCGGGGGCAGAGGUCCGAACGCUACUGGGUGGUUGGAAUCGCCAGCUGGGGACCGUCUGUCUGCGGCCAGGAAAAGAGGCCGGGGGUCUACACCUCCACACAAUUCUACCUCGACUGGAUCAGGAAGACGACCAACGAGGAGCUUUCACUACCCAACGACCAGCGGCAAAUGGCGCAGCCCCAGGCUUUGCCACGGCUACAACCACCUCCAAGGCCACAGCUCCAACUGCAACAAAAUGGGAAUGACCACCCCUCAGACCCCUCCUGUGGUCUGGCCCACCACCAGACCUUGGCCACCCCUCGAGAUGACCCCGCAGAGGCCUCCAGUAGCCUGGUACACGACCAGACCUUUGCCACCCCCUGA